GCUCUAGCUUGCGUGACGUCAGCAUACCCGAGAACGCCGGAUAGACUGCGUACCUUCGGUCGGAUUCCGCAAUUUUGUUAGGUAUUUGUAUUAUAGAAACAGUAUAAAUGUUAAUAACGUAAACGCUGAUUUCAUGUAGGAAGGGAAAGUUGUAGUGUUCACCUUAUUUAGAAGGGAACUUUAGCCCCCACUCGAAGUAUUUCUAGGAUGUCUCGACACGAAGGAGUAAGCUGUGACUCCUGCUUGAAAGCAAAUUUUAGGGGCAAGCGGUACAAGUGUCUUAUUUGUUACGAUUAUGACCUUUGUGCCACAUGCUAUGAAGCAGGAGCGACAAAUACGAGGCACACUCCUGACCACCCAAUGCAGUGCAUUCUUACUCGAUCGGAUUUCGAUUUGUACUAUGGUGGCGAAGCAGUUUCGGUAGAACAGCCCCAGUCGUUUACGUGUCCUAUCUGUGGCAAGAUGGGUUUCACUGAAGCAACGCUUCAAGAGCAUGUUACCUCAGAACACACAGAUACGUCUUUUGAAGUUGUGUGCCCUGUAUGUGCUGCACUACCUGGUGGGGAACCAAACCAUGUUACUGAAGACUUUGCUGCGCAUCUUAGUUUAGAACACAGGAGUUCUAGAGAUCUUGAUGAGCCUUCAGGAUCACGCCAUGUAAGACGGAUACCACAUCCUGCGGGCCGAGGCAUGAGUAGUGCUCGUGCCAGGCGCUCGCAGAUGCAAUUUUCUUCGACAGGUGGCCUGUCGGCUCUUUCUCCUAGUAAUCGGGAAUCUAUGGAUCCCAUUGCAGAACUUCUUUCGCAACUGUCAGGAGUUCGACGGACAGCUACUCUUGCUCAGUCAAACACGUCGUCCCAAAUCCAGCAACUGCAAAUGCAACUACAGUUGGAACGGCAGCAGGCCCAAGCCGCACGGCAGCACCUUGAACGCCUUCCGCGCCGACAGGCUCAUCUAGGCAGUACAGGUGCUGCCACGGGUGCUGCCUCUACUGGUAGCCAUGCUCACUACGCCAUGGUCCUCGAGACCACCCCUAGUCCAGCUGCAGCAACUUCAUCUCCUUCUGCUUCCCAGUUCUUAUUGUCAAGAUACACAGAGCCCAGUCUACCAGAUGCUGAUCAACAGGCACUGGAAGUGGAACGAGCCGACCGAAGUCUGUUUGCCCAAGAAAUGCUGCUGACAACCCUCGCAGAAAAGCUACAGGUAGCCGCAAACGGCUGUGCGGCCAAGGAGUCGAGCCAAAGUGAGACGCUGGGCAGCCGAGACGAGUCUGAUAGGGGCAACAGUGCUGCAACUCCUCAGCAGAAGUCAAACCCACAGCAGCUGCUGCACGCUUCUUUGCAGCAGCAGCAGCAGCAGGCCAAAAGCACAGCAGGGGCUCGCAAAUCGCCAGCCCCAUCAAAAGGACAGCCUCCUCGUAAUGGUCCUGCAGGUCCUCGAGGAGGAAGUAGCAACGGGCAGCCGGGUGCUGCGAGAGUGCCUUCGAGGGACGGGGUGGUGGGUAGGGGUAGGCCGUCGUCGCCCACGCGCAGGAAGGUGCUGCGCCUUUUGGAUGAAAGGAACAAGUCGAGCGAACCCCCGCCGCCCCAUUGAGGGCCAAACUCUACUAGGUGAACAAACCCGCUCCCCCUUUCCCCACUCCAAAAGCAUUUCCCCAUUUUUUGGUCACGUUUAACUCUCCCUCUGCUUUAGUAGAAAGACUGCUCCGCCGUUGGAAGUGACAUUUGGUAUGUGCUGCGCAAUUAAUUUAAGUCAUGGGAUGGAAAUAAAGUUUGAUGCAGGAAGCAAAGGCAGCAUCUGUCGGGCAUGCCAGGCUUUACUUUUGUGGAAUCGGCUAUUUGUGAGUGGCGGACAUCUGUAAUGGCGUUGCCACCCGUCGAGUGUUAUUUAAAAGUUAUACAAAAACCUUUCUACGUCUAUCUGGCUUCAAUUUGUGCAGUUGUAAACCUGGCUCUGUGUGAACACUGCUACUGUGUAGUCUGCCCACCCGUAACGACCAGCAACGGGACACUGACGUGUCGCAUGCGUGACGAGAUUGUGUACAUAGUGACGGAAAGCUCGGUUGCCUACACAAACACCCGUUAGCAUGGAAAAGAAGUUUCCUGUGUGCAUGUGUGUGUAUGGGUGCGUGUGUGUGUUGAGGCCUUUUUUUUUUCUUGAAAGGUGUGCAGGUAAUAUUUAAGACACUUUCACACUGCUUGAAAAUGUUUAUCUUAAGCCUAGUCUUAUUUAAGGGAUGUGCAUUUCCAGGAACUUUGUUUUUCUAUGCGUUGCAGGGCUGUGCGAUUAUUCGGGUAUUUGGAAUACCGAAGCGAAUAAUUGUACGUCCAAAUUCUGAUUUGAAUAUGGAAUUCUAUGUUCAAAUUUCAAGUUGAAAAGAUGUCUCCUCCAAACCAGAUCUCUGAAUAAAUUUGAAGCUGAACUCAAUUUUUUUUUUUUUCUGUUCACUUUGCACGACUAUUCGCUUCGUAUUCAGUUCGCUUUUAAAAUUACUGUUUGCGCAGCCCUAAUGCAUUGCUGACAUUAGUUAUGGUGAUGACAAAUGUGAAUAUUAGUGUUUAUUCCCUAUGGACUUGUUUCUAGCGUUUGGGCAGAAAUGAUGGCAAGUGGGCCAUGUAUUUGCUAAAAUUUCUCACUGUUUUACACAUUUAGAAUGGAUAUGACAAUUUGCCUGAAGGUGUUUUGAAUUUCCUUCGCAAAAUCCACUGCUGUACUAGAACAAAAUGUAAACACGAUGGGCAAAAUAAUAAAAGUUUGAUGCCGUCUUAGAGGGCUUUCUUGG